CACAUGACAUGAGCCCUGUAUGAGUGGAAGCAACGUUAUGGCACAGCCUCGUUGGUUAUGAGUUCCGCAUGUCAAGUCUUCCUUUAAUAAACUACAUUCCUAUGAGUGUGUUGAAGAUGGACCGAGGAGCUGUAAGCGAUGGAUCUGCAGCAACCGGACGCCGAUCGUCUGAACCUACCAGCAAAGGCAAGGGGAUGAAGGACCACAGAUCUCAACUCCCCAGCAAGAUUUCCACUUUCCACAACUCGUUCACCGGCAGCAAUGAUGGUUUAAGCGGCAGAAAGGCGGCCGCAUCCACUGCGAGAACACAGGGGAGUCCCCAAAGUCUGUAUUUCAGAUCGCUGGCCAGAUCUUCCAGUCAAGCUGAGAACCAGACCAGAGACAAGUUGUCGGCCCAUCCCUCCUCUGUGAAACAGAACCAGAAGGCCAUGGACCAGACCUCCAGCAGCAAGACUCAGUCAGUGAAGAGGAAGAAGAGGAAGAUGGGGAUGUACAACCUGGUUCCCAAGAAGAAAACCCGGGUUCUAAAGCAGCCGGAGAAGAAAGACGAAGAGGAGGAGGAAGAGGAGGAGGAAGAAGAAGAGGAUGAGGCAUCGACAACGGACACCAGCUUGGUUCCAGACACUGAAAGUGUGGAGGGGGACCCGGCGAGUACCCUAACCCCAGGACCCCCCAGCCCGCUGGGGCAGGAGGGGGACGCUGAGCAGCCCCGGAGCAAUGAGUACACAGAACUGGCUUUGGACUCUCUGGACCUGAAGGCCCAAGAGGAGCUCCUCUCCCCCCAACUCACAGUGGAUGCAGACCUGGGGGGGGGCGACCUGGCAGAAGAGCAUCCACUGUGCUGCUGUCGGAUUGAGACCCCCUCCAGCAAAGAGGGCACCUCCGCGGGGGAACAGACCUGCAUGGCCAUCGAGAGCUCAGACGGGAUGAUGAGUCGCUGCCAGCGGCGCGUGCUGAAACAGGAAAUGAUGCGUCCGUCCAGCAAGGUGCACCUCAUGGUCCUGUGCGAGGACCACCGGGGGGGUAUGGUGAAGCACCAGUGCUGCCCGGGGUGUGGACUCUUCUGCCGGGCGGGUUCAUUCCAGGAGUGCCGACCUUACGGCAGCAUCUCCCACCGCUUCCACCACGGCUGCGCCUCGGUGCUCAAAGGCCGCCUCUUCUGCCCGCACUGCGGCGAGAACCCCGGCACCACCCACGAGGUCACCGUCUCCACGGCAACCGCCAGCGCCCCGCCCAACCCCCACGGGACCCCUGUGCCCAGAGCGGUGGAGCGCUGCCCGCCCCUGUUGCCCGCUGCCUCCCCCGCUGCCGCCGCCGUCGCCAUCGCCACGACGACCAGAUCCCCCGCGCUACGGGCCAAGAAGACCAGCGAGCCGUGGAGGACGAGGGGCCGGGCGCCGGACGGGAAGGGGGGUGAGGCGGGUCUCGGUGGGGGAGGCGGAGCACGGAAAGACCCCCUGGAGGGCAUCCGGCCGGCCCUGGACGAUGACAGCUUGAAACAUCAGAAGGUGAAGUUGGCUUCGAGGAUGCUGUACAUCUCUGCCAAGGAAGGAGAUCUUCAGAAAGUCAUCCAUCUCCUUGUGGACGGUAAGGACCCCAACCUGCCGCUGGAGGAGGAUCACAUGCGCACGCCGCUCCACGCCGCGGCCGCCGAGGGCCACCAGGAGGUCUGCCACAUGCUGCUCCAGGCUCGAGCUAACCUGGAGAUGUUUGACGACAAGCUGAAGACGCCCCUGAUGUGCGCGGCGGAGAACAACCGUGUGGAGGCGGUCAAGUACCUGCUCUCAGCUGGCUCAGCCGUCUGUAAUAAGGACAUCCAGGGCUCCACCUGUCUUCACCUGGCGGCAAAACUGGGACACGACGAUGUCGUUCAACUGCUGCUCACCAAGGCUGCGAAGUACAUCAACUGUCAGGACAUUGGGGGAUGGACUCCCAUCACAUGGGCCAUCGAGCACAAGCACCACUCACUGGUCCAUCUACUGGUCACCAAAGGAGCUGACGUUAACAUCAGAGACAAGGAGGAGAACGUGUGUCUGCACUGGGCGGCCCUGAGCGGCUGUGAGGACGUGGCCCAGAACCUGCUGGACGCCCGCAGCUACCUCCACGCCGCCAACAUCCACGGGGACACGCCCCUUCACGUCGCCGCCCGCCAGAACCACCUGGAAUGUGUCAUGCUGUUCCUGGCGCGCGGCGGGGACGUGACCCUGAGGAACCGCGACGGUGAGACGGCGCUGGACUGCUGCGCGUACGGAUCCAAGGUGUGGUCGGCACUGGCAACCAACAAGAAGCUGACGGACGCACGCAGACAGAGUGACGGACGCAGGGAGACGCUGCUCAGCAGGGACAUCUCGCGGGGCUACGAGGCGCUUGCCAUCAGCUGUGUGAACGAGGUGGACGCAGAGCCCUGCCCCUCGGACUAUAAAUACGUCUCGGACAGCUGUGUCACCUCCCCACUCCACGCCGACACGGACAUCACGCACCUUCAGCACUGCUCCUGUCCAGAGGACUGUGGGUCAGGCACCUGCAUGUGUGGGCAGCUCAGCCUGUGCUGCUGGUACGACAACGAGGGUCGCCUGCCGCUGGAUGCCAGCCAGCGUGAGCCCCCGGUUCUGUUUGAGUGUAACCAGGCCUGCUCCUGCUGGAGAACCUGCCGGAACCGCGUGGUCCAGAAUGGACUCAGGGUGCGUCUGCAGCUGUACAGGACACAGAAGAUGGGCUGGGGGGUCCAGGCUCUGCAGGACAUUCCUCAGGGAGCAUUCAUCUGCGAGUACGUCGGGGAGAUCGUCACGGAUGCAGAGGCGGACAAGAGAGAGAACGACUCCUUCCUGUUCACCCUGGACAACAAGGUGGGGGAGGUCCACUGUAUCGACGCGCGUCGCUACGGUAACGUGGGGCGCUUCGUGAACCACCUGUGUGACCCCAACGUGGUGGCGGUGCGCGUCUUCACCUCCCACCAGGACCUUCGCUUCCCUCGCAUCGCCUUCUUCUCCUGCCGACCAAUCAGAGCCGGCGAGCAGAUUGGGUUCGACUACGGCGACCAUUACUGGAGGAUCAAGCGUCGCUUCUUCAGCUGCCAGUGUGGCUCCCUGCAGUGUCGCCACUCCUCCUCCUCCUCUUCCUCCUCCUCAUCCGCCGCCACUCAGAGAGGGCGGGGCUCGGACGCCACAACUCAUCGCCUCUUUGGCGACGGCAACCAGAUGGAGAACUGACCGCUUAACCUGCGCUAGUGAAUCUCUCUCUCUCCGUCUCUCAGCGGAAGAAAUUAAUCAUGUUAUGAAGAGGAGAUCGAUGGGUCUGUUGAUUUAUUAUCUGUUGAAGCAAAAAACAUGAGCAUUAACAUUGGCUUUUAACUGUAUUUUUCAUGUCCGUCUAAUAAGUCGACAUGUGUGUUUUUUUAACCAUACUUUUAACUCGGUAUUCAAUUGUUUCCGGGUGCAGUACAUUGAAGCGCAUUAGAAAUCUGUUCUAUGACAUAGAAAGCUUACUAAAAUGAUGUGAAUGCGAUCAUGGGUCAUCUAGUGAUCGGAAGAGACUACCUUUGCAUUUCCCAUAGCAAUAAGACACUGUUUAUACAAGUUGUUGUAUAAACUGUAGUCAUUUCUGAUCUUAUUGAAGCUGGUUUUGUUUAUAAAGCAAUUAAAUGCACUUUAUAAAUGCCUCCCUAUGGUUGUCUCCUGGUGU